UUCGAAAAAGAAGCGCCAGAUGAAGACGCUCCUCACGGAGCUGGUUUACUGCUAUGUCUAUGAGUUUACUUAACUUUACAAAGCUGAGACGGUUUAAAGGUGCACAUCUGCGAGCAUGUCGAUGCUGAAGCCGUUUAGUAAACUUCCUGGCCUGAACACGGCUAAUGUCUUGUUGGUGGAGAACGAGGAGCAGUUCCAGCAGAGUUUAGCAGAAGUUUUGGUGAAGGAGACCCACGUCACUGUGAAUGUGAGACUGGCCAAGAGUCUCCCUGUGCCCGUGGACGAGAGCCGUCCAAGGAUCGAGCUGGUGGUGUUCAUCAUCGACCUGACCUCGGAGCUCAGUUUUCAGUCUGCAGAAGCUUCUGUGAAAUAUCUGGACCCUGGAUACUUCCUGGGGAAAGUCUGCUUCAUGGUGACUCGUGCUCGUAGCGCCUCGGCCCCUGCCGAGCGUCUGGACGCUCUCAGAAAGAUGGCCGCCUCGCUCCGCUGCCCUCUGCUGUUUGCAGACGAUCAGACGUCUGAGGGUGUCGUCAGUGCAGCCGAGCGCCUUCUCACCAUCCUGAAGGUAUCAGCCGGCCUCGUUCCCAUGACGACCGCUCUGCACCUGUCCAACCUGACCAGGUGCACUCUGCCACCUGACAUGGACCAGCCAAGCUUUGACCAGCUCCUUUAAACCUUGUUGUUGUGCUCUGGGUUUUUCCUCUUCAUAUUUAUUUGUAAUAAUGUCUUCUCUUCCUUUUGAUCUUUGUUAUUUUUGUAAAUGCUUAUUUGAUCGUGUCACUUCAAAACGUUAGACGGUGUACUUUUAGGAACCACACGUGGUGUUCAGAGAAAAAAUAAAAUAUAUAA